CGCGGCGCUCACUUACCGGGCGGGAUUUCCGCAAUAUCAAGUAUGGCGAAGACUUACGAUUAUUUGUUUAAACUACUGUUAAUCGGGGACUCGGGAGUUGGGAAGACCUGCGUGUUAUUCAGAUUCUCAGAGGACGCCUUUAACUCAACGUUUAUCUCCACAAUAGGUAUUGAUUUCAAGAUUAGGACAAUAGAGUUAGAUGGAAAGAAGAUCAAGUUACAGAUAUGGGACACAGCUGGACAGGAGCGGUUCCGAACAAUCACAACGGCAUAUUACAGAGGUGCAAUGGGUAUUAUGCUGGUGUAUGACAUCACAAAUGAGAAGUCCUUUGACAACAUCAAGAACUGGAUCAGAAACAUCGAAGAGCAUGCAUCAGCAGACGUGGAGAAGAUGAUUCUGGGGAACAAGUGUGACAUCAAUGACAAACGACAAGUGUCCAGAGAGCGAGGAGAGAAGUUGGCGUUAGAGUAUGGCAUCAAAUUCAUGGAGACAAGUGCGAAGGCCAACAUCAAUGUGGAGAACGCAUUCUUAACACUUGCCAGAGAUAUCAAAGCAAAGAUGGACACAAAAUUGGAGGGUAACAAUCCCCAGGGCAGCAAUCAUGGGGUGAAGAUCACAACCGAGCAACAGAAAAAGAGCAGCUUCUUCCGCUGUGUUCUACUGUGAAGACCAUGGCCUUACUGUCCACCAUCCUGGGGCUGGACUUAACUGGACUGUGCUCUCAUUUUUAGCACUUUCAUUCUCUCUCUCUCUCUCUCUCUCUCUAUCUCUAUCUCUAUCUCUAUCUCUAUCUCUAUCUCUCUCUCUCUCUCUCUCUCUAUCUCUAUCUCUAUCUCUAUCUCUAUCUCUAUCUCUAUCUCUCUCUCUGUCUCUCUAUCUAUCUUCCUCCAGCCCUAAAAUUGUUGGAGUACUCAGCUCUUCUCAUCUGCUUCUUCCACUGCUGGCGAUGCAGUUUCUUCCCACGUAAGACCAUUUUCCUGAUGAGGCCAUAUUGAGCUUGCGCUGCUUUCUUCCUCAAGUUUGAAGAGCUAAGUGGUGAAACCUUUGAUUCACACUCUGAGGCAAAACACCUGCCAGUUUUGUCUCAAAAGUCCCUCUUGAGCGCACAGCUGCCAGAACCCACUCUCUUACUGCAACACCGAAGUGGUAGAGGUCUUCCUUCUGGAUUCUGACAUGUUGAGCCAACUUGGAAAGUUGUUCAGGAUAUUUCUUUACCAUUCCAUUAUAUUCUGCCCUCGUGCUUUCUUCGACAAUCACUUGACCUCACUCUGCAUAUAGGAGUCUUAUAAUUUUGCAUCUUAAAAGCAUAACUGAGUUGUUUCUCUAUUUUAAUUUUGAUUUGCUUGUUACAUUUUGUCCUCCACAUUUUUUUUUUUGUUUGUUUUUUUUUUAAACCUCCUAUUCUAUUGACUAGACUGGUUCCUUUCCCAUUUGGCGUUCUAUCAUUUACAUGUUUACUUACUAAUGCAGUAGAGCCAGUUGUGCUGACAUAAACUAUGCUGUUUUGAUUAUAUCCUGAUUAAAAUUUGGUAAUUUUUCUGAUUUAGCUUUCAUUGAGCUAUAUCCACUGCCUCUAUCUAACUAACCUCUUGAAUUGGUGAGUUUUGUGCACCAUCUUAAAGUGUCUCUAGACAGAAAUGACAGUCCAUCUUCAAACAAGCCUCAGUAAAACUAAGUGGAUAUUAUUCCUUCCUAAAGUUAAAACUGUAGUUUUUGUUGUGAUGAGAUUUAAAGAAUAUUACCAAAUCUUGCUUCUGGGAAUUGUACUGCAAAGCCUACAUGAAUUAAUACCUAUAUACAUAUCCAUAGAAGUCAUUUAAAAAAAUACAUUUGAAUCAAAAGUCUUACAAAAUAAUUGAUCCAUUUAACUUUUGUGUUAUGAUUUAAGUUCGACCAGUUGGUAGCUGUAUAUUUUGUAGCACAGGCGUGUUUAUCAUGGUGACCUGGAGUUCUGCAAAAUAGUCAGUUUACCUUUUACUUAUUUUUAAUCAAACAUCCGCACCAACAUACUUUUUUGCGCCAUGGAAGUUUCAGAAGUCUGUGUUUUGAAAUCAUAUGUUGGCUUCCACAAUGCAUCUGAAUUGCACCCCCUCCCCAUAUGUGAUAUCCACAUAUAUUCUCAGUCACUCCCUGCGUCAAACCAUAGAUGGCACCAUGUGCCCUGCAAGACUUCUUAAUGUUGUGCGCUAAUACCUGCUGUGUGUAAAUUAGCUUCAUGUGACUGGGCUAAUCUGACCAGAGAACAGCUGACCCACUUCACUUUCCUCUAAAUAGCCACAAAAGAAUUGUCAUCCUGUUUUUGAGAGAUGAUAAUGCAAUGCACAUGAAAUCUGUUUCACCAGUUGGCUUUUUCUUAAGCUUUACUGAUUCUAAGUGUAUAUAUUAAUUGCACCUAGCAGCUUUAGCAAUAGGCCAGGAAAACCCUUCCUUACCAGCGUUAAAUGGCACUCGUACCUUGUGAAGGAACAAUUGCUCAUUGAUUAGGAGCUUGAAAAUAGAAGAACAUUGUUUUUCCAUUCAUUUCAGAGAAGUAGAGCAUUUUUUCUUCCUCUGCGUUGUGGCGAACUCUAAAGAGGCCUUGUUUUUGUUUUUUUGUUUUUUUAAUAGCGAUGAAAGCUUAGUCUAAUGAAAGCUAGUAUAAAUGAGUAUACCACACAGUCGUAUUAAGUUUUAAUGCACCUUUUUUUUUCAUUUUCUCCCAAAGAGUUGACAUCACACCAGCUCAGACUUGUGCCCACUCUGAGUUAGGAUAGUCCAUCCCAGCCCAAAUCCAUGGCUCUCUGCCACUCCCUUUUUUCCAUAUUUACCCAAAUGUCUUGCCAUUUGUCUUAAUUGCUAAUACUUGAUCAUUCAUUUUGGAUCUAUGCAUCAUGAAGGUAACAUAUUUGACCUCCUAUAUUUUUUUCUCUCUCUCUUUGAGACUGCAGUAGUUUUUCUCUUAUCCCCCCCCCUUAGUCUCUGUAGACUCUGCCUGCUGUAGCUGCCCUUCUCUCUUUUUUGUGCAAUUUAAUGGCUCGCUUUGAUAAGAGCCUUGUAUAUACUGUAAUGAGUCCGAAAAAAGCAAUGUCACUGUUCAAUGUCUUUUAUUAUGGUGGACCUAUAAUGCAGCAGUUGAUCUGGCCUUGAUGUGACAUGAAUAACAGUGAUGGUUCGACUCAUUGUUGCUUUCCAGUUUCUGUCGGUCAAGUGCACUCUGUGUGCGAUUACUAGAAACCGGAAAACAAUGAAGAAGAGUAACAUUAGUAGUCAUAGUGCUUCCUGAAGUCUCAUCAGUUUUACAAGCCGCAUCAAGUCGCGUAGCGUUGACUCAAGCAGUAAUAACGUCUGGCUGUCAAAUCUCUGGAGAUUUAGUUUUUCUUGUAUCUUCCUCUUUUUAAAUCGCUCUGUGACUCAUAUUGUUUCCAUUUCUUUUAUAUGACCGUUUUCAUUUAAUUGUAGAAUGUGAGGUGAGCGGGGAGCGGGGAACAUUGUUACAUUUUGGAAAAACAAAAAUACAAAAAAAGCAAUUGUAAAUAACAUUCUACAAAAGAGAUCUACUUAAAUUGUACUGUACUUUCUAAAAAUCAUAUUGAAAAAUUUGUCUACAGUUUUGUAGAUAUCAGUACUUUUGAUUUAUUAAAAUAAGAUUGUUUUAA